UUCAAAUUCGAAUUCUGCUACAUUGUAUUCGAGUGAAACGCUUCGAUAGAUCAAAGGUCGUAUACGAUUAUUUAGUCUGACUAUAGUGGUGGCUAACUACGAACGGUACGUACAACUUUUGACUAGAACAGUGGUGACGAAUCAUCGAACAUUGACAUUCCGCAAGUGUCAGAAGUUAAUUGAUGUGGAAAUAUUUGUUAAUUAGUAAGUUUAUUGAAAAAAUUGAGUAAAACUAUUCUUGGCAUAGUAGAAUGUUUCGAACCUCGUCGAAUUUCGAUAAAUUACUUGAUAAAGCUACAAGUAACUUGCGGCUCGAGCCUGACUGGCCUACAAUUCUACAAAUCUGCGAUCUUAUACGACAGGGUGACGUGCAGCCCAAAUACGCACUUGCUGCCAUAAAAAGGAAGUUAACUAACGCAAAUCCACACAGUGCUCUAUUUGGAUUAUUGGUUCUUGAGUCCUGCGUUAAGAACUGUGGGAGUCUAAUUCAUGAUGAAAUUGGGACAAAGCAGUAUAUGGAACAACUGAGAGAACUAGUAAAGACUUCGCCACAUGAAAACGUCAGAACAAAAAUCCUAGAGUUGAUUCAAGCCUGGGCUUUUGCAUUCAGAAACAGUCCAAAAUACAGAGCAGUUCAGGACACAGUGAAUAUUAUGAAAGCUGAGAGUUACAAAUUUCCUACAUUGAAAGAAAGUGACGCUAUGUUUAGUGCUGACACUGCACCAGAAUGGGCCGAUGGCGAUGUUUGCCAUAGAUGUAGAGUAGCCUUUAAUGUGGUGCAAAGAAAGCAUCAUUGUCGGGCCUGUGGUCAAGUCUUUUGUAAUCAAUGCUCAAGCAAAGUAUCAACAUUGCCUAAAUUUGGGAUUGAAAAAGAAGUUAGAGUCUGCGAGGCUUGUUACGACCAAGUUAACAAACCAACUACAGUGACUCCAAAAGAUACCGAUCUUCCUGCAGAAUAUCUGACCAGUUCUUUAGCUCAGCAACAACAAGUACCGCCGCGCAAAACUGCUGAAGAGCUUCAAGAGGAAGAAGAACUUCAGCUGGCACUAGCUCUGAGCCAAAGCGAAGCUGAGCAUAAGGAGAAAGAAAAGAAACGGGUUACGAGUAGCUUGAAGUCUAAUCCGAUACCAUCUAUGUCUAGAACGGCAUACUCUCCACCACCAUCUCCGCAAGGUGCUAGCCCCUCAAGAAUAAAGGACGAAGAAGAAGAAGUGAAUCCGGAAUUGGCAAAAUAUCUUAAUCGCAAGUACUGGGAACAGCGGCAAAGUGUGAUCGAAGAACAUGCGGGCAGAUCUGAAGUUGCUAGUCCAUCUGCACCUAAUAUAAGUAGCCCAAUGCCACAGAAAAUAAUCAUGACGAAGCAGCAAAAUGGUGAAAUUGACACACAAAUGGAAGAGUUUGUUGCCGCUUUAAGAUCGCAAGUUGAGAUCUUUGUCAAUAGAAUGAAGAGUAACUCAUCUAGGGGAAGAUCCAUCGCCAACGACAGCUCUGUACAAACCUUGUUCAUGAAUAUAACGGCCAUGCACUCCAGGCUACUCCGAUAUAUCCAAGAGCAAGAUGACGGUCGUGUUUAUUAUGAAGGACUUCAAGACAAGUUAGCUCAAAUGAAGGAUGCAAGAGCCGCACUAGAUGCAUUAAGAGAAGAAUACAAAGAAAAAACUAGGCGGCAAGCAGAGGAAGCAGAGAAACAGAGGCAACUACAGAUGGCACAAAAGCUCGAAAUUAUGCGGAAAAAGAAACAGGAAUAUCUGCAGUAUCAGCGGCAGCUUGCAUUGCAAAGAAUUCAAGAACAGGAGAGGGAAAUGCAGAUGCGUCAAGAACAACAGAAGCAACAAUACAUACUAGGAGGAUAUCAACCAGUACCUGGCUUCAUGGGCCCACCCUCGCAGGGUUCUCCCAUUCGGCAUGUUCAGUAUCAGGGCCCAGGGCCCAACUAUAAUCCUAUGUCACCAACUAACCAAGGAGUAUACAUGUACGGUCAACCACCAAUGAAUCAGUAUCCAGUGCCUGGGUACGGAAUGCAACCAAUGGGUCCGCCUUCUCAUAUGAUGGGCCCGAUGGGGGGCCCUGAGCAACAAGGUCCGCCCGAUCAAUCAGUUCAAGGUCGAGAAAGCAUGGGUCGAAUGCCCGUGUCUGUUCCAGGAAUGAUGCCACAGAUGCCCGGACCUCCCCCGCAGCAUCUUCAACAACUGGGUAGUCAUCCAAUGGGCCAGCCUGGUCACAUGCCUCCGCCGCCAGGCCCAUCAAACCAAAUACCUCAACCGCCAGGCCUUCAAGGUCAUAUACCUGUUCCGCAAGGUCAGCCAUUACCUCAAAAUUCUAGCAGUGGCCUUCCACCACAAGGUCCCGGUCCAAUUCAAGGACCUCCAGCAAGCAACGGUGGUCCGAUGCAGCCCAAUCAACCUGCUGUGCAACAAGUACCUAAUGUACCUCAAAUGCAAAAUGCUCCGCAAAUGGUUCAUCCGCAAGGACCUCCUAUGCAAUACCAGCAGCCUCCGGUUGUACAAUCCGCUCCACCCGAAAAUUCACAACCGGCGCAAUUAAAGCAGGAACAAAAACCCGAUACAGCUGAACUUAUUUCGUUCGACUGAUGCGAAAUUUAUACGCGAUAUUCGAUCACAUUUAAUCUAAGCAUUUAUGGUUGUAUCUAACACGUAUAUGUAUGUAUAAUCGAUUUAUCAUUAAUGGCCGUUAUUUGACAUGUAUAAUAAAAAAAAAGAAAGUGAAAGUGGAAGAAAAUUCCAGAAGUUUGCACCAUUUGGCGUGACUGUAGAAGUUAGAACACAUCUUCUAUACAGAUCGCUAUAUUCAUUUUAGCUAGUAUUGAUAGCUAUAAAAGAAUUCAUCAGCUUGCGAAGCUUCAUGAUUUAAUCUUCCAAUUUAACAAGUCCCCAUCUUUGCGUUUCAAAGUUUCACGUGCAAUAUAGAACGGUUCUAUUCUUGUUACAUUAUUAUUUUGUAUCAGCUAAUACUGAGUACGAUUGAGUUAAAGGGUCAUUGACCAAGUGCCGAAAAUAUAUAAACAUUAAAACGCUUUUUUCAUCGCUGUUAAGAUAUAUUAGUUUGGAUCUGCAUCUUUAUCAAAAUAGUUGCAGUCUUAAAAGGUAAUAAAAAAGGUUUGACAAAAAUUAUCAUAAUUAUUUUUUCAAUAAUAGUUUAUUAAGUAGCAAUACUUUAUUACAACAGUUCGGUACAUAAAUAUACAUACGAGCGUAAUUUAUUCUAGAUAUCUGUCAACAACUGUUUUCUUCAUUUAAUUUAAAUUUUUAUUUUCACUAGACGUUUCUGUUCAAUCGUGUCUCAUCAAUAAUUUGAAGCAAUUUUUUUCUGUAUUCAUAUCCAAAUACUUAAAAGUGGGAUUAUGUAUAAAUAAGUAAUUAACAUUACGGGAUUUAUUCCAAUAUUUCAUUGGGGGGCAAGGCUAUUAAAAUCUUUAGUGCACCAAAGUAGGUUUGAAUCACUCAACUAUUAUGAUUAUUAUUAUUUUUCCAUUCUGUUCGGAUAAAAAUUCAGAUACUUGGUAGAAGAACAGGCUUUAUAAGUCACCAUUCAAGAAAAACACGUAGAUGUAAAUUUAAAAAAAGUAAUAUUAAUACUUAAAACAAUCACAAUUGAGUCAUGUUAUCACAUGCUGUAUUUUUAAGCAUAAGUUGUGCUUCAGAAUAAUGAUGUCUAAAAUCUAUCUAAAUCUGUUUUGAAUAUUGCAAUUUGAUGAAGGAUUAUUAACUUUACCCCAUUUUUUUUUGUUUUCAAAGUGAAAAUAAUGUAUUCUUAUUUUUAAAUAAUAUAUAUCUAUGCAUUAGAUGUAACUAA